UUCGUACAUUGUAUUAAAUCUAUUUGAAACUGGUGUGGAUUUUUUUUGAAUUUCAGAAAGGCGGUUGAAUUGCGAAUUUAAAUUAAUAAAAAGAAAACAAAACAAAUAACCGAAUCUUUCAAAACAUUGAGACUAAAUUUGAGUGCAAAAAAAGUAGCAAUAAAUGUAUUGUAAUUUUUCUCCUUGCCUGCAUGUGUGUUAUGAAUGUGUUUACACAGAGCCUUGUCGCUAAAUUUCUCAAUUCGCAAUUGCGGCAAAAAAAAACGAAAACAACAAAAGUCCAAUUAAACACAAACACAUAGAAUAAAGACGAUUUAGAAAAAAAAUUUCUUUUCAGUUUCAAUUUGAAUUAUUUAUUAUUAGUCAGCCAGCAGUGAUCUUAAAAAGUUUUAAUCAGGAAUAAUAUAAAAUAAAAUUGCUUGAAAAAUAUUUAAAUUAAAUUUUUAAUUACAUAAAAAAACUGUUUAAAAAGCAAUCAAAUUAAGAGAAAGAUUUUAUUUUAAAAGUGCAUUUAAUACGAGAGUUUCGCUCAAAAAUUUUUUUAGUUUUUAAUUGGAAUUAAGAUGGCUUCUGAAACAAAAGAAAAUAUUGAACAAGUUCCUGAAAUUCGUUCUGAAGGAAAAUCAAAGGGUGGUCUUAGUUUUGAAGUUAUAUUAUCAAAUCCUGCAACAACUGAUGUUAAAUUGCCAGUAAGACCAACUACACCAGUUAAAAAUGUUUCUGCUGAAGAAAUUGAACAAAAAUUAAAAGCAGCUGAAGAACGCCGGAUAUCAUUGGAAGCAAAAAAAAUGGCUGAUUUAUCGAAUAAAUUAGCAAAAAUUGAAGAAGCAUCACGUAAAAAGGAUGAAUUAAAUCAAGAAUUUAUAAUACAAUCAAAAGAAGCUCUAGUAACCAAAUUGGAAAAACAUACUGAAAAACGUGAAGAAAUUAUAACUAGUAUUAAAGAAAAAUUAAAAAUUCAUUCAUUAGAAAUUGAAAAAACUCGUAAUUCAUUUGAACAACAAAAAGAAAAUGAAAAGGCAGCUAUUGAAGAAAAAUUAAAAAUCGCAGAAACACUUCGUGAAGAAAAUAAGAAAAAAAUGUUGGAUCGUCUUAAAGAACACAAUACAAUUAAAAUAGCUGAAGUAAAAAAUCAAAUUGAAGAAAUUGUAGCACAAAAAACUGAAGAACAAUCUAAAAUUAUUGAAACAAAAUUAACAACAGCUGAACAGAAUCGCGAAAGAGAAAUUCAAAAGAAAAUUGAGAAAAUUCGUGAACAUGAAAAAAGGGCUGAAAUUGUUCGUCAAAAUAAGGCAGCUACAGCUACUGUAGAAUCAGUUGAAACUAAUGCUACUGCAGCUACUGAAUAAAAUUGCUUAGAUUUUAUGGAAAUCAUUGAAUAAUUUUUGUAUUUGUUUUUUUAUUUUAUUUUAUACUUAUACGUAUUCCCAAAUUUGCUUUAUUUUUAAUAUUAACACAUUUUUUUGUCUGAAUAAAAUUUUAAAAAUUAUUUAAUCACUCAUCA